UGAGAGACAACAGCCAAACAAUAAUAUUAGUGUUAAUAAUAAUAAUAAUUAUAAUCACAAAACAGUUCAUACCUGUAAUUAUUGUAAUUUCAAAACAAAUGAAAGAAGAGAACUUAUAAUGCAUACAACAUUCCAUAAGGAUAUCAACAAAACCAAAGUCUACUGUAAUGUCUGUGCCAUGACUUUCUAUACCAAAGAACAGUUGGAUCAGCACAAGGAUGAACAACAUCCGCCAGACGUCAAACAUUGCAUUCUCUAUGGAUGUAGUCUUUGCAAAGAGAAUCAGUUCGAGACUGUCGAUGAUUUGGAUCAACAUUUGGAGACACAUAUCGAAAAAAUUGAUUACUUGAAGUCAAUGAAAUACAGAUGUGCUGUUUGCAAGACAUUCACUGCAAUAACUGAUGAAUCCGUAUUGAGUCAUAUGAGGCAAAAGCAUCGUCACUAUAAAUGUGCUUUUGAUUGUUCACUAAUCGCUCAAGACUUUCCAUCACUUGAAAGACAUGCAAAAUCAGUUCACAAACGGUUUGUCUCAUACUUUGAAUGCAAAUUCUGUGACUACGGUUCGGCCGCUUUCGGUAGUCUUAUGCAACACAACCUAUCGAGUCAUGCUAUCGAUUGGGUCUCUCAGCAGUAUAAGUGUUGUCUCUGUGAUUCGUCAUUUGAUUAUUUGGACACUGAAUCCCUUUUGCAUCAUUUGGUCCGACACGCGCCUGACUUUUCCUAUUUUGAAUGCAAGAUUUGCAACAAACGAGAGAAGCAAUUAAAAGCAAUUGAAAGACAUAUUAAAUCACACAACGGUGUCACCGAUGAAGAGUUUUUUCACAAUAUCUGUAAUCUCAAUGAUUUGUUUUCAGAGUUACUUAAAGUCAAAGAGAGUGACGAACAGCGCAAAAGAAUGAAUGCAGCGGCGGAUCCACAAAAUGCUAUUAAAGGUCUUCUCGAUGAAGAAUUUGGACACAAUUAUGAUAAUAAUAUCGAUGAUCAGCUCUCGAGUUUGGUUAACGAUACCAUUUUAAACGGUUUCGAAGUCGAAGAAAAUCAUGAAAAUCCAAUUUUAAGUAUUCCCGAGAACGGUAUCCCUAGUAUUCCCGACGGUGUCGACAACGAAGUCGAAGGAAUUGAUCCGAACGAUGGCUUUGCAUACAUCAGUCAGGGAUCGGACGGUCUGUGGAGAGCUGCCGACUGACUAACCCAAUGAUUCCUAGUAUUUGUAUUUCUAUUUUUUUAAUUCAUUAUUAUAUUUUCGAUAAAUAUUUUUGCACACAAUUUGUUGUUUAUUUUCAAACAUCUCGUUAUUUUUUACUAAUGAAUCAUUUAAUUCAUAACAAAACUAUUGUUUUAAAAAAGCGUUUUUGUUUUGAUUUAUAAUUUGUUAUUUUUUUGCGAAUCUUGUC